GGUGAAAUAGGCAGUGGGAGUCUCUGUUUUUCAAUUUUUCCUGCAUGCCUGCCACCUGUUUGCUCAUCUGUCAGCUCGGUACGUCGCCUUUGCUGGGAAGCGGAGGGAACGACGUGGCCACCUGGAAACUCCCAUCGGAGAAAGGAGAAAAGCUCAUAAGAUUAGUAGAUAACCUUCAAAAGAAGAAGCACCAGAAGCCAAACUUCAAACACGAAAGAGCUCCUCUUUCCGUUUCCACUUGGUCUGAAGAAAAUCUGUAACAAGUUACCAUUGUUCGCUGCUGACGCACGGCGAUCUCACCUCCAUUGAUCACCAUGAGUUCAGUCAAAUUUCUCCUCUCUGGGUUUGUUCUCGUUCACGCCAUCUUCUUGCAAUCGCACCCAGUGGUCUGCGAUGAAGAAGAAGACAAUCUUCUUCAAGGCAUCAACAGCUACAGAAAGUCCCUGAACCUCCCACAGCUCGCCAAGAACGACAAGGCCAUGUGCCUUGCGGACAAGCUUGCCGACAAGAUCGAGGACCAGCCCUGCUCCGCCACGUACGGCGCCAACACCCUCCCCGGCGUCGGCCUGCAGUCCUCCAGCUACCAGGACGCCCUGUCCAAGUGCAAGAUCAACCCCAACAGCACGACGGACGGGGUCAUACUCCCGGUGUGUGUGCCGAAGCUGGUCCCCACGCUCGUCCUCACCAACUACACCCGCACCACAUACCAGAAGUACCUGAACGGCUCUAGGUUCACGGGGGCUGGCCUCGGGUCCGAGGAUGACUGGAUGGUGUUGGUGCUGGCUACGAGCACACCGGGAGGGAGUUUUGCCGGCGGGGCGGCGGCGGCUCUGCUCGGUGGCGGGUCGGGUAUCUUGUGGGUGGGUAUGUUGUUGGGAUUGUUGAUGACCCAUUGAGAGGGGUUCUUGAGCGAGACCUCUGUCU